CGCCGCCAACGUCAGCUCCCAGCCAUCGUCGUGAAACCCGUCUCUGUGAUCGUCGUCGUCGGCAGUGACAGAGGGUGCCGUCGUCGUCAUCCUCCUCGAUCCUCUUCUCCUCUACGUCACGAGAACGGUUGCUCAAUCCUCUUCAAGCGCGUCCUCUCCUCCGUGAAUCUCUGCCCGGAGCCUCGCCGUGGAAUCUCUGCUCGGUUCCUCGCCGUCGCAAACUGAUCCUCUUCUGAGCUCACUGUCACCGUCGUUCCUCCCUCGCAGUGUCUCCAGUAAGCCGCUGCUUCUUUAGUUUCGAUUUCUAAGAUUCUGGCUUCUGAGUUUGAUUUUUUGUACUAGAUUUUGAGUUGGGAUUGUGUUCUGAGUUGGGUUGUUGCUUAAUGUGAUUCUGAAUUUAAUUUGGAUUGUUUCUCUUAGUUUUUCUGUUUCUGGAUUUGGAGAUUGAGUUGUCUGUAUUCUAAGUUUUUGUUGUUGAAAAGCAUUGAAUUUGUUGAACCUAGUUAGGGUUUGGUUAGUUAUAAGAGGCUUGUUGCACAAUAAGAGAUUUCAUCAAUGUGUUAUUCAAUUGAAUUGUAUAAGAGAAUAAUUAGCCUUGGCUUGACAAUGUUGCCUGCAAGAUCACUUCUUUGAUGCAGCAAUAGCCAGUAAAGUCCUAAUCUUCACAAACUGAAGUUAAGGUUUCCUCCAAAUCUAUCCAAUAUUUAUUCUUGAGCAAAGCCUGGAACAGGACGAUAGGAAUAAUAGCCUACCUCAGGGUUGUUGUUUGGAAUUGGAUCAUGGCUUGAGUCUGGAGAGGGAGAAGCGUUGGUUUACUGAUCUCUUUCAGGUCCUGGCUGAGCUUCAACAAGAUCUGGUGUUAGAUGAAGUUUCUUUCUGUGAACCAGUCGCCUCACCGGUUCAUUGACCGAUCCGGUUCUCGCAACCUUCAGACGAACGCCGAAUAACCGGUACCCCAUCCCCAUUCCCCCCAAUCCUAAUUCCGUAAAGUUCCAAACGGCAGCACCCAGGGGCAAGUAACCUUCACGACCUCACCUCACCGCAACACCGCCGGCCGUGUCGUCUUCUUCGUGUCGCAGGACACGGUGCGGCUCCGACGACAUCACCUGCACCGCGGCUCCUUUGUCUUCUUCGUCGCUUCUCGUUUCUCCGCGGCUCCUUGCUCCGCUUCGUCGUCGCGUUCUCUCCGUCGUCUGCGUCCUCUGCUCUCUCGGACAGAUCAAUUGAUUUGGAAGAUGAUCUGGAUGAUGAUGGAGCUAAUAAUUAUGUGGAAAAUGCAAAUCAAAAUGAAACCAAUCAGGAUGUAGCUUCACAUUUGUCAGAUGAAGAACAAUUCCCCGACUUUGAAAUCACUCCUUGGAUAUAGUUCAUGGAUUGUUAUUCUUAUUGUGUCUAAUUAAGAUACUAUUGUAGUAGUACUAACUAAUUUCAUGUCUAUCUUUAACACUACAGCUUUGAUCCAUUGGAUCCCGGAGUCGCAGUGUUCUCCUCCAUGGAUCGCCGGAAAAAGAGAGAGAAAACGACGGUAACUAAACCCUCAACGGUAGAUGCUCCCUCGCCACCGAAAAUCUCACCUUCAGAGGCAUUCCUCGUCACACUUUCUACUGUUUUUGGGUUGGGUUUAGCGUUCUAUGUUGCUAAUAGUGGCUUCUCAAUAGACCUUGUCACUGAUCCUUCUCGCACUAUCUUCUUCAUCUGGAUUGUGGAGCUUCCAAUUGUGAUCCUUCUCUACAGUCGCUAUCGACAGAAUCCCCGGCAAUGCAUGUACCUGCGAGCCGUUGGACGUGGCUUGCUAGCAGUUCCAAUAGGGGCGCUACUAAAUUGUUUAGGAGCUAUUGCUUUGGGGGCACCUGUCACCUUUCAGUUUCUCCCAAAGACUGUAAAUUGGUCUCUUAUGAUGUCAUUGUUCACAACAGUUCCAGCAUCAUGUGUUCUUGGUUCAUCAUGGGCUCAUUGGAAGCGGAUCUUUGCACAAACACAGCCAAAUGGAUCUGUAGAGUAUUUGAUUUGUUUGCCAGCUCAUGGAGCAGUUAUUGGGGGCUGGUUUGGGGCUUGGCCAAUGCCACUUGACUGGGAGAGGCCAUGGCAGGAAUGGCCUAUUUGUGUGAGCUAUGGAGCAAUAGGUGGGUACAUGGUGGGAUUGGUAGCAUCAUGUGUCUUUGUUCUUGCUUGUGCUAGAUCGCAGCAUGUCAAACAAACAUGAAGUCCCGAUUGGCCACAGGAAAUUUUGAUUCAUCUUCUCAUUUUUCCUUGUGAAUGAAAAAUGGAAAAAUUAACUAGUAUUGGUUCAAAUGCAAGUUAAGCGCAAGGAAAAAAUGUUUGUCCCCUAACAUUUUAGUUUUUUUUUUGGUUGAAUUUAAUGUAUUUUUCUAAUUGAAAUCAUGUACACAUGUGGACAAUUUCUUGUGCAAGUUUGUUCUUGGAUAUUUGGUUAAAUCUUAAUUCAGAAUUUUUG